UUCAGAGUCAUUGCACUGCAAUUAGUAAAACAGAUGCCGCUGUUAGUUAUAAUGUUAAAGAAAUCAGAAACUACAGAUAAGCAUUGCUAUUGAGGAAUAAAACAUAGCAUGAGUUUUUAGGGAUAGUUUAGUUUAACCAUGCUUAUAAAAAGUAACUAUACUAUACCCCUUUGAUAUAAGUAAUGACUGUAUGGGAACUGCCUAUUUUACCAUUAGAUUUCAUUUUAAGUUUCCUGGAAAAGUUGUUUUAUAGUUGAAAUGUAAAUGUGACAAACAGAAAGAUUCUGCAUUUGAUUCCAUUGUUAAAGAUUUUGCUCAUGAAGGGUGAGCAACAAUAACACAAGGUGUAGAGAAUUAGCUGGCUGCAAAACCUACCAUUCUGAAAUUGAAUAUAGUCCUGGUUUACACUAAUCCUUGAUGUGAACUUGUUUUGAAAUGUCAGUAAACAAGUUGUCUGCAGUUCUGCACUUCUGAGAAAUAAAGAUCUGAAUCUAAGACCUUGAAGUAACCAAUACUAUAACAUUACCGUAAAUCACGUGGUGUUCCCUGUGCUAAAACUGAAACAAUUCAACAGCUAUAAUGACGUGGCCAAAUUUCCUGUUUUGAGAGAGAAGAAAAAAAAAAAGCUUAAACAAUUUUAAAAUCCUAUAACAUGAAUACCAGCCGGGAAAUCAAGCACAAAGAAAGUUUCAUCGAUUGGGGUCGAUUUUUCCUGAAGCAUGAUGACGUCUCUGCUAAGGUUAAAGAUACAAGUAUUGAAGACGUGGUCACCAAAGUGUGUCCUCCUGGAACUUUAGAGCAUCAGAAGGUCAAAGCAAUCUUUAAUUGGGUCUGUCACAACAUUGAAUAUGACCUGGAAGCCUUAAAAAAUACCGAGCUGAGAUCCACGGACCCUGCAGAGAUAUUUAAGAGACGCAAAGGAGUUUGCUCUGGCUACUCGUGCCUGUUUAAGGAGAUGUGCAGAGUUGCCGGUUUGGAGUGUGUUCAGAUCAGUGGAGGUUGUGGAGAAAAUAAAAUCAAAGGGAAAUCCCGGCACAGCUGGAACGCAGUCCGCAUUAAUAAGGAGUGGAAACUUCUGGACCCCACCUGGGCGGCUGGCUAUGUCAACAGCGACCGGACAAAGUUUUUCUUUGAAUAUGAUGAGAAGUAUUUCCUUACCGACCCCAAAGUUUUCAUUGAGGAUCACUUUCCAGAUGACUCAAAGUGGACCCUGCUUCCAGAAACCUACCAAGUGGCCCGAGGAGCUUGAUGUGGUGGAACUAGAAGGAUAUACAUUAAGAUCUUAGAAAAAAGAAUCUGACCUUUUAAAAUGUGAUUAUAAAAUGACCAUUACAAAUCUCCUUCUCUGCUUGGCUGAAGACGACUCUGGUACAAAACCACUCAUUCAUCCGAUUAGUUUUAGUGCAUUUACUUUUUAUUCAUUCUUUUAUUAAUUUGCAAUUGAAACUAAUAAUUAAAAAAUAAACCAAAACAUUGUUUAAUGCUA